CAUAUGUACAACUAGGUAGAGGUAUGGCCCCCGGAAGUGGGCGUUAUUAGGAUGAUAAAGAAUAUACAUUUUCAAAGAAAGGUAGCUCCGGAAAAUUCUGUGGAGUCAGGCCGUGUUCAGACCAGAUUGAAUCACCAAGGAUAAGGCGCAUGACCCACAAAUGGCUUCAUACAAAGACAUUCUGAAAGAGAAGGAGAACCAGAACUGGCUUAAAGGCUCCCUCGCAUUAGGAUCACCAAGGCCGGUCUACGGGAUCUUAUACGGAGGACCGUCUUGGAAGAACACUAAGGCUGACCAGUGGUGUUCCAGCCAUUGGCAAGUUGCCAAAUAUUUUAUGCCACCUGACGGCUACCAAGAUGUUUCCACGUUUGACGAGACAGAUUUCAAUGGCAUCAUAAGCGUCAUGAUCAACUGUACAGAGAUCCAACGAAGCGUUUCCUUCAAUAUCACUAACCAACCCAACGUUUUAACGACGGCUCGGCAGAUUAGUCGAAGUAUUCGUCAUUCUCCAGAUUUGAAAGUGACAGAUAACGACUUAGCUGACUAUUUUGCCACACUGAAUACACUUCUAACAGACUCAAAAUAUCUUGCUAGUGACAGCAAUGCCCAACAAGCUGUUAUUAAACUAAAACAGCUUGAAAAAGACACUAUUUCAAUAUCGUCCGAAGAUGUCCGUGAACUACUUGAAGAAGCCAGAGCAACAAUACAGGUUGGAAAGCAUGAGCUUGUGAUGUCCUUGGAGACAGGAAAGCAAGAUGUACAAAAUGUGGUUGCUGUAGGUUUAAGAGCAGUUGAGACUGGAAAACGUGAAAUAGAAUCGACGGUGUCGGAGAGUAAAACAUCAAUUGCUACUGUAAAACGUCAACUAGAAGAGACGGUUUCGAAGGGAACAAGAAUGGUUGCAACUGGAAAACGUGAGGUAGAAGAGAUGUUGUUGAAGGGUAAAACGGCCAUUGCAACUGGACAAUUUGAAAUAGAAGAGGCGGUGUCGAAGGGUAACAUAGCCAUUGAAACAGGAAAACGUGAAAUAAAAGAGACGUUGAUGGAGAGUAAAACAGCCAUUGAAACUGGAAAACGCGAAAUGAAAGAGAUGUUGUUGGAGAGUAAAACAGCCAUUGAAACUGGA